AUGGAGGUCAUGGACUAUGAUGUGUUCCAUGCCAUCUAUACUACACCAAGCCUAAAUUAUGGGCAGGCCUGGACUGAGGGUCUAUCCAGGUUGUACUCGGGAAGCAUGCUCGAUAGAAUCAGCGAAGAGAGAACCACAACAGCAGCUUGUUUACAGACUGGCACGGCACUGGCCAGAGGAGGCAAUAGAGAUCAGGGAUGCUUUUCCGGCCAACCCGAAAAAGACCCGCCUCCUCCCUCACCGUCCGUCAACGGGAAUGGUGGUGGCUAUGGUCAAUAUGAGUUCAAAAUCAGAGUGGAUGACAAUGGAGAUUCCAAGAAGAUGGUGAUCAUCAGGCAAAUUGAACUCGAAGAAUCUCGCAAAAGGAUGGUGGGGAUUUCUUCCUAUUAUCCAUUUCUGAUCUCCAAACAAGUGAUAAUGGAGAAUAUCGCUGUGAGGCUCAUCUUCAGACUGGCCAGUCUAUUUUUCGAAGCAUUUUUGUACACGUACGACGAUCCCCCAAUCUAUCGCAUUGUGGAGAUUUUUGGUUUCGUUGUCCAUUGGGUGGCUGCAUCCAUAAUAGAUUUGUUUGUGAUGGGAUUGGUGACUGUCUGGAUGAUGGUGAUGAAGCCCCCUACUUAUGUGGUUGGGGAAGAUGCUUGUGAGGGGAAGCUGAAUUGUGAUGAUGGUCGUUGUAUGCCUCCUGAUCUGUGUUGCUUUCCUCAGAUUUCUCCAAAUUGUUCCUCCUGGAACAAUGCACCAUGUUGCGCUCAGCUUGUUAAUGGGUAUUCAGCCUCUGAUGCCAGAUAUCAGCUUGACCAUGACUUGAAUGCAUUGCAGUCUACAGUUCUGACAACUAUUGGAUGUGUGUUGGCUCUUGUGUUCGUUGUCUUAUGUUCUAUCAUCGGAGUUUGUCGCAUCAACAUGCGACGUAGCAUCAUGAAGUACACUUCAAGACAUGUUCGCAGCUAUCUGAAUCAGCAUGAGCAUCAUCAUCUUUCUCAUCCUGAUGUUGGGUUGCACCUGAACCCUAACACUCAGUCUACAUUUGGGAACAUCAUUGUUACUUACAACAUCAACAAUGGUGUCCAGCUUCGAGGGCCAGCAGUGAACCCUCCUGCAUAUUCUGAAGUGGUGAGAUUACCUCUGCAGGAUAUCCCUCCUCCCCCAUAUGUGUCUGUUGAGGAUGUCAGACAUGAUCCCCAGGCUGCCCAGCUCUUGCUUGAAGAGAACAACAAUGGGGACAUCAAUGGCAAUAGUGUUAUGUCAGUGGAAGAGAAUAACAAUCAUGUAAUGGAUCGAAAUCACACCAGCAAUAUUGCUUGAAAGGGAUUCUCUGAAUCUCUGUGGUGCUAUGCCUGAGCUUUUGUAUGAGUGUACUUCCAUGUUGAGUCAAGUCAAGACAUUGUGUCUCCUCCUUGACUACUCCCUCCCCUCUAUCAUUCCUUGACCUUGGAUUAUGUCUUUGUAUGAUUCAUUAAAUAUGCCAG